AUGGAUCAUAUAGAUGAACAAAUGGUGGAGCCAGUUGAAGGACGAAUAGAUCCCAAAGAUAGGGACACCGAGUCUUCUAAGGAAACUCAUCGAUCCUUCAAACAAGCUCUCCUGAUAUCUAGAUUUAAUGAAACAGAACGAGAACGCAGCCUCGAUUGUGAGGCGGCCUAUUUUUCUUCCGAUGAGGAAAUGGAAAAUGAUGAACCUAUAGAGACAGAUGUGGAGUUUAAAGGGACCGCCUCACAUACAGUUAUGAAAAUUCCGAUUGGUCUCCUUAAGAAAGUCAGAGAACCAUGGAAAAAUUGUCUCAUUGUGAGACUUUUGGGAAGGAAUAUUAGCUACAACUUGUUUGUCAAUAGAAUGCAUAAACUAUGGAAUUUACAAGCAGGUUUUGAAUCGUUGGAUAUUGGAAUUGGUUUCUUCAUAGUAAAAUUUGAAAUAAUGGAGGACUACACUAAGGUUUUCACAGGGGGCCCAUGGAUCGUGUUGGAUCGUUACGUAACAGUCUGUAAAUGGCAACCUGACUUUAAAUCUGACGAGGCAGAGGCAGAUACAACCGCAAUCUGGGUCAGGUUCCCAAACCUCCCCAUUAAGUAUUAUGAUGAAAAGGUUCUUUACCAUAUCUCGAAGGUGCUUAGUAAUCCAUUAAAGGUUGACAUUAAUACUGCCAUGGCAACACGAGGAAAAUACGUAAGGGCUUAUGUUGAAAUGGACCUCCGUAAAUCGCUUAUUUCGUACCUCACUGUUAGGCAAUAUCAUUAUGUGGUGGAAUAUGAACAUUUACAUAUUCUGUGUUUUGCAUGUGGCCGAGUUGGCCACCGGAAAGACAAGUGCCCUGAAUUUCCGAUGAUACAUCUGGAGAAGAUGAAACAAAAUGAGACCGUUGCCAAACCUGAACAAGAUACUGGGCCAACAACAUCAAGGCCCAAUGGACAUAAGAAUAAAGACAUAUGCAAUGAGGAAGGGACAAAUGGGUAUGGGUCCUGGACCAUAGCCCCAAGUAGGAAAAAAUUCUAA